AUGGCCUUCAAGCCAAGAAGAGGACGAGGAGCGAGGGGCCCGAGGUUUUGUGGAGGGGGCGGGGUCUACUUAAGGGGGGGGAGGGGAGGGGAGGGGGCUGGGAGGGCGGUGGAGGGCGAGGAGGUGGUCUGGAGGCAGAGGGAGGAGUACGUGGAGGCUGAGAAGGGAGAGGCAAAGAAGGUGAGAGCUCCCGGGUUCAGCUUCUCGGCCGCCGGGCUGCUGUUCCCUUAUCAUCUUGGGGUUGCUCAGUGUUUGAUUGACAAAGGCUACAUUAAGGAAACCACACCGUUAGCUGGAUCAUCUGCUGGUGCCAUAGUCUGUGCGGUGAUUGCUUCUGGAAAAAGUAUGCAAGAAGCCCUACAGGCUACCAAGAUUCUUGCUGAAGAUUGCCGUCUUAAUGGCACUGCAUUUAGGCUAGGGGCAGUGUUGAGAGAUAUUCUCAAUGAACUUCUACCAGAUGAUAUACACGUCAGGUGCAAUGGUCGGAUUCGCGUUGCAAUCACUCAAUUGUUUUGGAGGCCAAAAGGUUUACUUAUCGAUAAAUUUGACUCUAAGGAAGACCUUAUCAAUGCACUAUUCACCUCCUCAUAUAUUCCAGGGUAUCUAGCUCCAAGACCUGCAACAAUUUUUCGCAAUCGGUUGUGCGUUGACGGGGGUUUGACAUUGUUUAUGCCACCAACUUCAGCUUCAAAAUCAGUUCUUGUCUGUGCUUUUCCAGCAAACAGAAUAGGAUUGAGAGGGAUUGGAAUCAGUCCAGACUGCAAUCCAGAAAACAGAGCUACUCCAAGACAGCUCUUAAGCUGGGCACUAGAACCUGCAGAAGAUGAAAUGCUGGACAAAUUCUACGAGCUUGGAUAUUUAGAUGCGUCUGUAUGGGCUGAUCAGAAUCUUGUGGAAACGACUGUAACUGAUGAAGAAAAUAGCAGUCCAUGAGUAAAACUAGUGAUAAAUUCACAUUAUAAGAUACCGACUUUAGAUUCUCUUUAUCGAUCUCUUUGAAGCCUCAUACUUGGAAAUAGAAACUGAAAACAUUUAAAAGAUACUUGGAAAUAGAAACUGAAAACAUUUAAAAGAUACCGACGUCAGAAGUUCAACAGCAUUGAGGAGUUCUCUAGAUUGGAGGGAAAAGGCUAAUAAUCUGUGAGAGCACCCGAAAAUUCUUUUCUGUCAGUUUGUUUACAUCAAAAUUGUAUGUAUCUAUGUGGUUGAGUUGUUCUAACAAUCUAAGGAAACCCCAAUUAUUGCUUGGGAGUUUGUAAUGAGCCCCCCGGAUUUGUUGUAAUAUGGCUCGAAACUGUGCGGAGUUCAAAAUGGGCACAAUUUUUGAAUAUUUUUGUUUGUUU